GCAGAGCUUUGUCGCAACCUUUACGAUGCUGUGAGGAUGGAGUGCAUGCUUUCUAUCCCUGAAGAUCGACCGAGAUCUCCCCGCCAUGAACCCUCAGGGAUUCUCCUUCCCUCCCCCUCCACCUCCGCCUCCUACACAACAUCCGCCGCAACAACAAUACGCUCAUAACAAUGCGUUCACGCCGUAUGGGCAGAAUCACCAUGGUCAACGGGGUGGCCGCGGGGGUGGCCAAUUCAGGGGCCGUGGGAGAGGCUACGGGAAUAGAGGUAGAGGAGGUCAUUUCAUGAGCUCCGAUGCCAAUCACUCUGGCGGCUACGCGGCAGCUCAUGCUGGAUAUGCGCCCAUGACACACUCAGGGUACCCAGCUCAACAUAUGCCAAAUCAACAAACAGGCAUUCCGACGCCGCAUUAUACGCAGUCGUCUUCGCAGGCUUUUUCGAAUGCCGUGACUGGGAGUACAUUCGCCUCUACGUCGCAUUAUCCGCAACCUGCCGUUAAUGGCACGGCUUAUCAGCAUCAAUCAAGCUAUGGUACUACAUAUGCAACACCUACACAACAAUCCCCUCCAUACACUCAAACACAUCCUGCUCAUCAAAAUGCUACGCCAUCGGUGCAGCCGACAAUGAUGGGCCCUCCUAUCCGCUGGGGUUUCGAGGGCACAGGACAUUCAGGCUCAUUUCCAGGAUUGCAGCGUCCCAGCCAACGGGGACCGCGUCAGAACAACACCUAUAAUAAUCAGAGCUCUCCCGGCAAACAUGCGAACAAGCGCGACCACACGUCAGCAUUUGGCAAGCCUCAGUCGACAGCUCCACGAUUCCCGGCGCCACCUCCGGUCCCUAGUUUCGGUAAUCCUCUGCCUUUGAAACCGCCUACGCCGGUUGAUUCGCAACGGAAACCCAAGAAGAAGAAGCGGAAGCAUAACCAGCUAGGGUUAACCCCGAAGACUGAGGAGCACGAGUCCAGUGAGGAGGAAGAUGACGCCGAUGAGGAAACCAGGUUGGCAUCCGGUGGCCCAGGCACUGGGGUAGCAUUGCAAAUCACGUACAAAGGACGAACAUCAAAUCUGCAGACAUCUGCAGAUAUCGCAGCUUGGAUCGCAGAGCGCAAGAAGCGUUUCCCUACCCAAGCGAAAAUUGAAGAGAAAAAGAAAGCUAUGGAGGAAGCAAAGAAGGCGAAGAAAGCCAGAGAAGAAGCUCAACGGCAGCAGAGGGAAGCUCGCAAGUCAGCGGCUACCCGUGCAAAGGACCAAGAAAAGAAAGAGCAGACUCGAGUCGCCCUGGAUCCCGCCGAUGCAGCCGCGAAAGCCAAAAUGAAGGCCGAGAAGUUACGACGGAAGCUAUUGAAGGAGGAGAAACGGAUAGCGCAGGCAGAGGCUGAUGCUGAGCGCGCUCGCAAAAUGGACGGGGUCCAAGAAGAUUCAGUGCCGACUGAACGAGAAGCCGAUCAACCUGAAAAGAAAGAUUCCGCAGCUAACGAACAAGCCGUUGGCGAUUUGGCGUCCGACGCGUCUGACGAUAGCGACUGGACUUCCUCAAGCGGGUCUGAUCUGUCAUCCUCUGAUUCUGAUGAAAGUAGCGAUGACGAUGACGACGAUUCUGCGCCGGAGCAAGCAACAUCACGUCGGGAGGGACCCGAACGGGUCGCGCCGCCGGCGCGCGACGAGAAGAAGCGUAUCUGUCGGCAUUUUGCCCGCAACGGCCGUUGUCCUCGAGGCAAGACCUGCAAGUUUGCUCACGAGAAGCCUGACCGUGGGACCAAAGCACAACCAGUCGAGAACAAGGGACGAAAAGGACUCCUUGAAGCGCUCCUCGACCGCCAGAAAGAAGACGAGAACCGGAAACUGAUGGAGACGAUUAUAUGGCUAGGAGAGAACGGGCUGCUCGACGAACCGGCGGCUCAACAAGACGUUUUUUCAACUGAUCCGACCCGUCAGACUGAUGAGUCCACGGGGCCGCUCGAUGCGAGCGACAUCCAGUUGGGCAACGUCUCCACCUCUGGCUCUGUGGGCGAGCAAUGCCAUCCUUCGGAAGGAACGGCGCGUGUAUGA